UAAUGAUGUAAUUCGGAAGUAAAAUUCGUUUGCCGGCAUAACAAUGAUUUUUAAAUUAAAUACAUUUGCAUUGUUUAUAUUCAUACAUAGGACCUUUAAAUAGUUCUACGUUAAUAGCAUGAAUUCAUAUAAAUAUGUAACUAGGUAAUUAAUAUACGUACAUAGGUACGUAAUGUGUAUAAAAUUUAUAUGUGUAAAGAUAUUUAUAAAAUUAAAAAAGCUGUUAUAAAAAAACAAUACUCAUGAGGUUAAUAUAGUACAUUAAAAAAAUAAAAAAAAAUUGAAACAACAUCAACACAAAAAGGAAACGAAAUUUUAAAGGAUAUUAAACGUAGACAAAAUAAAAUAGAAUUUCAGUUUAGUUUCUUGAAGUUAUUUACCUAUUGUGAAUAGCGUAUAAUAUAAUAUAUUAUCUAGAGGUGUAUAGUCUUCGUAUAUAAAUUUGAACUAUGUAUUAAAAAGAGGCAGAAAAUUUACUUAAAAAAAAAGAGAAAGUGAAAUUUUGUUCUAGUAAAAGAAUUUAAAGCAUUAAAAGUUCUGUGCAGAAUAUUAUAUUGAAUAUCUAGAAUAUUUUAUAAAUGUGAAGGAUUGUGCAAAACUAAAUGUUAUUUGGAAUUUCAACGCAAGAAGGAAUAUGAUUAACUCAAAGGGGCGAUUAAAAACAUUGAACGCAAUAUUAUAUGUAUAAAUUAGUUUCACCUUGGUAAAAUGUUCAAUUAUUUCUUUAAGUACUUUUUAUAAUUUAUCAAAUAAUUCAACUUUAUUCAAUUUUAAUAUCAUAAUUCAAUUUUAUCAAUAAUGUGAUUGAAAUAAAUUGGAAAAGUUAGAACUAAAGGCAAAAAAAACACGAAGGAAUUUAGAUACCGAGAUUCAUUUAUGCCGAAAGUAUUACCGAGAAUAUAGCAGUCUAUUAAAGAAGUAAGCUGGCUGACAUUUUAUUCCACAUGCAUAAUGGGAGCAAAUUCUUCUACUCGAACAGAUCCAAAUAUUUUGUCAGAUGAUGAUGUGAACUUUGAUCAUUUUCAAAUUCUAAGAGCUAUUGGAAAGGGUAGUUUUGGAAAGGUCUGUAUUGUUCAGAAACGCGACACCGGAAGAUUAUUUGCAAUGAAGUACGUUAGUCGUGGGGCUUGUGAAAGUCGAGGAGCCUUAGGUGGUGUACUUAAAGAAGUUGAAUUACUCGCAACAUUAGAACAUCCAUUUUUAGUUAAUUUAUGGUUUUCAUUUCAAGAUGAAGAAGACUUAUUUAUGGUUUGUGACCUUUUAACAGGCGGUGAUUUAAGAUAUCAUCUUCAACAAAGAGUUGAGUUCGGUGAAGACAGUGUUGCCUUAUUAAUCUGUGAAUUGGGAUCAGCUUUGGAUUAUUUACAGUCACAAAGAGUUGUCCAUAGAGACAUCAAACCUGACAAUAUACUUUUAGAUGACGAUGGUCAUGCACAUUUAACAGAUUUUAAUAUCGCUACUAGAUUACAAAAGGAUGGAUUAGCAUGUAGUAUGUCUGGUACAAAACCAUAUAUGGCGCCGGAAGUAUUUAUGUGUGCUUUAGAUGAAGUAGCAGGUUACAGUUUUCCAGUAGAUUGGUGGUCCCUAGGUGUAGUUGCAUAUGAAAUGCAUGCUGGUACAAGGCCUUUUAUUAUACAUUCCAAUACACCCCUAACUGAAGUUAAAACAAUUUUGAAUUCAUCAGUACAUUACCCCAGAUAUUGGAGUAGUGAUUUUGUAGAUCUUUUAAAUAAGCUUUUAAAUGUUUUACCAGGAGCUCGUUUAAGUUCGCAAAAUGAAUUGAAGAAAACACCUUUAUUACGUAAUAUUGAUUUUAGAACGGUUUUAAAAAAACGUAUUCGACCCCCUUUUAAACCGCCACAAGAUCAUUUAAAUUGUGAUCCUUGCUUAGAAUUAGAAGAAAUGAUAGUUGAAACAAAACCAUUGCAUAAAAAAAAGAAACGUUUAGCCAAACAAAGAUCACAGCAACGUGAUGGUGGUGGUACUGUUGAUCCAGAAAGUAAUUUUAUAAAAGAAUUUUUAGUUUAUAACCGUUAUAAAGAAAUGAAAAGACGUGCAAUGGAAAGAAAAGAAAAUGAGUGGCAAAAAGAAUUAGAUUUAGCGAUGGCCAAUUCCGUUGUCAAUUGUUUAGCACCUAUUAAAGAAAAACGUGAAAUAAUCAAAGUAAUUAAUCCCAGUAAUGGAAAUAGCAGCUCUAGUAAUAAUGAUGGCAUUACAAUUGGUGCUACUGGUAUCAGCGAAGGAUUAAAUUCUGCAAUUGAUAGCUUAUGUAUUAGUAGUAAAGGUCCAAUAAUUAGUUUAGGCAAAGAAUCAACAACACCACCCCAAACAACAACUUCAGCAGCUAAAAAAGAAAAUGAAUCUAUUGAAUAUAUUGAUCGAACACCAUCACCUCGAUCAUCCACAGCAAACAACCCAACAUCUUAAAAUUAAAUGUAACAACAAAAGGGGAAAUAGAAUAGCAUUUUUUUAGAAUUAAGAAAAAAAUUAUUUCUUCUUAUUUUUAUAUCAUAAUCUUGUUCAAAGUAUACAACUUAAAUUGAUGCUCAAGAAAAGACUCGUCUUUAUUAUCAAAAAAUUUCGAUGCUAUAAGCGAUAGUUAAAAUUUAUAAAUAUCAAUUUAUUUUAGCAAAAUCAACUGAUAGGUAUAAAAAUUUUAUUUAUUUGAGAAACACCAAAAACCUUUAAACAAUUUCUUUGUUUUAUUAAAUCUUAAAAUCCUUAUGAACCUGAGUUUGUUUUCUAAUAAAGUUAGGUCAAAUAAAUGGUUUGUAUGUAACACUUUUCAGUUCAACAAUUGAAAAUACUGCUUUUAAAUACAGUCAUGUAUACCUACCGCACUAUUAAAAUUAUUUUCAUUCAUAAACGAAACUACUUCUAGGAUUGCACAUAUUUAGGAUGAACGAUUUAUGUAGUUUUUGAAAUAAAGCAAAAAUUAAUCUAAAAAGGGCUUAACAUUUGCGUGAGUUAAGAAAAAUAAUAUAUUUAUAUUUUUUGAUGUCAUGGAAUUUAUCGUUAACUUUUUGCGUUUAUAGAAAUUUUUAGCUUGCGGUUUCGGAAAUAUAAGGCGUCAAAAAUUUAAAUUUUAGAAAUUUCAAGAGGUGAUAACUUGAGAGGGAAGGGGAGUCAAAAAUUUGGAAAAAGCGGAUUUUAGAUAACAAUAAAUUUGAACGGGCAUUUUGCUUUUUCAAAAUUUAACUAUAUUAUGCCGCGAGAGGAGAAGCAAGCCGCUGCCAUUCUGUGUUUGCAAAAUUUGAAAAAUGCUUAGAAUUUCACUGCAACAAAAAGUUAAAAAAUACCAUUUUUAGGGUUUUUAGUAAAGAUCUAUUUACAUAUUGAAUUUCAGCUUUCUAUCAUCAAGGGUGUGGAAGUUUUGUAAACAUGUCCACGGAUGGACGGACAGAGUGAAACUAAUAAGCACUUUAUUUCAAAUUUUGUUUUUGGAAAAGUGCUUAAAACUAAACAUGUCCAAAUUCUGAAUUUUUAUCAAAUCAUUUCAUUUAUUGAACUUGUUCUAUACCCUUAAAGAUCUAUUCAAUAUGCAAUUACAAAAGUAAUAGUAAUUUUUUGAAUUUGAAAACUUGAUUUUAUAUUAAUUUUUUUUUCCCGGGUAGAAAAUUUUGAAUAAUAAAAUUAUCAUAUUUUAAAUAGAUUUUAAUUUUAUCAACAAUUAUCUAUAGCAGCCUAUACUAACAUAAUUGUGCGAUGAAAGGCGAUAAAUGAUUUUGAUAACCAGCUCAUUUAUUUUUUCGUGAACUACUUAUGUAGCGUGUGCUAGAAACAAUUGAUAAUAAGGAAGAAUGAAUAUGUAUUAUAUAAAAAUUAAAUAUUUAAAUUAUAGCACUUUAAUUUUAAAAUUAAUUUACUAAAAAAAUAGGUAUCACUCACAUUCUUGAGAAAUCAUAAAAACCAAUCGUUGAAUAUUUUGAAGUAAUAAUUGCAUUUAAAUAAUAUAUGUAUGUACAUAUAUUAGACGUAAGAUAAUUUUUUAUUUAUUAGAAAUUAAAACUGGUAAUUUAAGCUAAUAAAUUUAUUUUAAAUACAUAAUUUUAAUAAUAUUUAGAUAUUUAGGAUUCAAUUACAUUAUAUAAUAAAUUUUAAGUAAAAAAACAAAUAACAGCACCAACACCCUAGCACAAAAUAUAGGUUUCUAUUAUACUUAUAGCAACAUAAAACUUUAAAUACAUUUAAUUAAUAUUGGAAAAAAAAAUUAACAAAAAAAAUCAG